CUACCUACAUUUCCUCUGAUGCACUAUGAUGAAAUAAGUAUCACGCCAGUCACAUUACUCCACUAGUAUUGGAUUUAUCAGCAUGACAGAUACCAUAGAUGUAGCGGCUUCGUAUACGCCGGUAUACGACGAAGUGACCAGACAGAAUAUUGAAAAUGAUUUUACAAGAAUCAAAGAUGAAUGUUACUUGGAUCAUGCAGGAGCUACUUUGUAUUCAGAUAAACAAAUAAAAAACAUUACCAAUGAUUUGCAUCAUUCGCUCUAUGGUAAUCCUCACUCUUUUGGAACUGCAAGCAAUGAAACUGGAAAUAUCAUAGACCGUAUGAGACACGUGAUAUUAAAUCACUUUCACACAUCUUCUGAUGAUUAUACUGUUAUAUUUACAUCAAGUGCAACUGCAUCUUUGAAGACAGUAGCUGAUACCUUCCUAUUUACCAAAGAUGGAACAAACUCAUCCCAAUCAGGACAUUUUGUUUAUACACAGGAUAAUCAUACAUCAGUCCUUGGUAUGCGAGAAAUUGUGGCAAAAAAGGGAGCAAAAAUAACUUGCUUGAGCCACAAUAACGCUUUCAAAGUUUUUUGUUCUCCUUUACAUUCCUUGACUUCUUCAAAACAAAACAGCAACUCACUUUUUGUAUAUCCUGCUCAAUGUAAUUUUUCGGGACUAAAAUAUCCUCUAAAAUGGAUAGAAAGUGUGCACAAUGGAAUGCUCUCUAAUACCAUUUCUAACACAUCCACUAAAUGGUAUGUCUUAUUGGAUGCUAGUGCUUUUGUAUCAACGAACGACUUGGACUUGUCUCUCUACAAACCAGACUUUGUAUGUCUAUCAUUUUAUAAAAUGUUUGGAUAUCCUACCGGAAUUGGUGCCCUAUUGGUAAAGAACUCUAGUGCAGAUGUGCUGCAUAAAGUUUAUUAUGGUGGUGGCACCGUGGAUGUUUCUCUGAGCUCUGAAAUGUUUCAUGUGAAACACCAAAGUUUGCAUCAAAGAUUUGAAGAUGGUACAGCACCAUUUCUUUCUAUAAUAUCAUUAAAAUUUGGUUUUGAUAUACUGUCAUCUAUAACAAUAGGAAAGAUUUCAAUGCAUGUUUUUUUGCUUGCCAAGUUUCUACAUAAUUCUUUGUUAACUCUUCACCACUGUAAUGGAAAACCUGUUGUAAAAUUAUACUCUGAUACAGAUUAUGAUAAUCAUAAUUUGCAAGGUGGUAUUGUUGCAUUUAAUCUCAUGCGUUCUAAUGGUGAAUAUAUAGGGUACAUGGAAGUCUUACAUAUGGCAGCUUUAUUUAAGAUACAUCUUAGAACUGGUUGUUUUUGUAAUCCUGGUGCGUGCCAAAGACAUUUAGCAUUAUCAAACAAAGAAAUUCUUCAGAACUAUGAUGCAGGAUAUGUUUGUGGAGGUGAUACAGAUUUAAUAAAUGCUAGACCAACGGGGGCUGUAAGAGUUUCAUUUGGAUAUAUGUCUACAAUUAAAGAUGUUCAGACUUUACUGGUUAUGAUCAAUAAGUGUUUUGUAGAUGGACCACAAACAAAUCAAAUUCCUGACUGGUGGCCAGAUUACAAAACGACAUUACAUAGAAAAUAUUAUCAACAUAAUAUAAUCACAGAAAGUGCAAAUAAAUUAACAAAUGACAAUACUUAUAGUAUUACAACUAAAUUAUACAGCAUGAAAGAGUCAAUGAGUCAUUUUAUCAAUGAAAACCAAUUCUUCAAGCUGACAAAUGAUGAUAAUGAAACUCAAAGAAAAUGCAUUUUAGAAAAAUUAUACAUAUAUCCAAUAAAAUCAUGUGCUGCUUAUGAGAUAACAAAUUCCUGGAGUUUAAGUUCCAAAGGUUUGCAAUAUGACAGAGAAUGGAUGAUCAUUACUGCUUCUGGUACUUGUUUAACACAAAAACAACAUACCAAUCUCUGUUUAUUGAAACCAGUUAUAUUUAAGGACAAAGGAAUUAUGCAAUUACAAUAUCCAGGAAUGCCUACAAUAAAUGUCCCUUUAGGCAAUAACAAUGUACAUGACACAGAGGGAACAAUAUGUCAAAGCAAAGUUUGUGGACAUAAAGUAGAAGGUACAGAUUGUGGAACAGAUACUUCAGAAUGGCUAAGUUUAGCUCUAGGUCUACCAAACUUGAAACUUAUACAACAAAGCAACUAUGAAGUUAAGAAGAAAGACAGCAAUAAACCUGAGUUAUCAUUCUCUAGUCAAGCUCAGUAUCUGCUAAUAAAUAAAGCAAGUGUACAGUGGCUUAGCGAGAAAAUAUCCAACACAAAAGUUCAAAAGGAUACAAUUAUACAUAGAUUUAGAGGAAAUAUCAUAUUAAACAGCUGUGAAGCUUUCGAAGAAAUGAAAUGGAAACACAUUCGCAUAGGUCAAAACAGUUUUAUGGUAACUGGACCAUGCACUAGGUGUCAGAUGAUAUGCAUAGAUCAAACCACAGGCUUAAAAACAGUAGAACCAUUACGCACACUUGCUGAACGAUUCCAUGGAAAAUUAAGAUUCGGUAUCUAUUUAACCAAGGAAACCAAACAAAAUGGAAUCAUUACUAUUGGAGACGCUGUUUACAUUUCAUGAUUCGAGGGCACAAUUACCUUUAUUGUAAUGCAUUCAAGGUAAACCAGUAAACUUCUUAAAAAAGACAGAUUCUAGAUCUAUCAUCAAAUACGAAAGGUUAUGUGAUAGUUGCGACGAUUUAUUUAUGUUAGAAAAGGAAUGCAACGUUUCACAAAUCAUAAAUGCGUUAACAAAUACCUAGUAUUAAUAAUUAAGUAGUCAUACUUAGUUUCUAAGUAAAAAAUAACGUAGUUUCUUGUCUCUACGAAUGUGACGAUUGACAGUUACCAACAGUUACUAGCAUUUCCAUCAGUUUUUAUUUUCCUGAUUUAUAUUUUAUGUUUAAAACACAAAUAACAUCUUGCAAAGAAAGGUACCUUUCGCAAUAAUAAUGAUUCCAGACGAAUAUUCCAAAGAUAGAUAUAAAUUUGUACCAAAAAUACUAUAAAAUAUUUUUUCAAAUUGUACAACUAUUUAUAUGUAUAAAUAAACUUGUGAA